AUGGCGUGUGCCCUGGAUCUGUUCCCUCCUCUCGUCCUGCCUCCCCGCCCAUCCUCCUGCCUGCUCGCCUCUGCGUGGCAGAAGUCCUCCAGCUCAGCGUCCUCCGAGGCCUCAGAAACCUGCCAGUCCGUCAGCGAGUGCAGCUCGCCUACCACGGACUGGGCCAAGGCCGGCCCCCACGAGCAGCCCUCAGGCACCACCCUGCAGCGGAGGAAGGACCGAGCGGAGCUCCUCCGAGACACAGAGCCAGGCCCGGCUAGCGGGGGCACCCUGGGCCCCAGUGGAGAGGAGGUCCCGCGACCCCGCAUGUCCCCUGCCACCAUCGCAGCCAAGCACGGUGAGGAGGUGUCCCCCGCGGCCAGUGACCUGGCCAUGGUGCUGACCCGCGGCCUGAGCCUGGAGCACCAGAAGAGCAGCCGGGACUCCCUGCAAUACUCGAGCGGCUACAGCACGCAGACCACCACGCCCUCCUGCUCCGAGGACACCAUCCCCUCCCAAGGCUCCGACUACGACUGCUACUCAGUGAACGGGGACGCAGACGGGGAGGGCCCACCCGAGUUCGACAAGUCGUCCACCAUCCCUCGCAACAGCAACAUCGCCCAGAACUACCGCCGCCUGAUCCAGACCAAGCGCCCGGCCUCCACUGCGGGGCUGCCCACCGCUGGGCUGCCCACCACCUCGGGCGCACCCCCUGGCGUGGCCACCAUCCGCCGCACGCCCUCCACCAAGCCCGCCGUGCGCCGCACCCUCUCCAGCGCCGGCCCCAUCCCCAUCCGGCCGCCCAUCGUCCCCGUGAAGACGCCCACGGUGCCCGACUCCCCCGGCUACGUGGGGCCCACGCGGGCGGGCAGCGAGGAGUGCGUCUUCUACACCGACGAGGCCGCCUCGCCCCUGGCCCCGGACCUGGCCAGGGCCUCCCCGAAGAGGCUCAGCCUGCCCAACACAGCCUGGGGCAGCCCGUCCCCCGAGGCCGCCAGCUACCCGGGGCCGGGGGCCGGGCUGGCGGCCGAGGACGACGAGCAGCAGCAGCGGCAGCUGGCCGCCAACCGGCACAGCCUGGUGGAGAAGCUCGGGGAGCUGGUGGCAGGCGCCCACGCCCUGGGCGAGGGCCAGUUCCCCUUCCCCACUGCCCUGUCGGCCACCCCCGUGGAGGAGACUCCCACCCCGCCCCCUGCUGCCACCAGCGACCCCCCGGCUGAAGACAUGCUGGUGGCCAUCCGGCGCGGGGUGCGGCUCCGCAGGACCGUCACCAAUGACAGGUCGGCGCCCCGCAUCUUGUGAUCCCACCCUCUGGCCCGGGCGAGGCAGGUGGCCUGGUCGGUGGGCAGCGGCCACUCAGAGCAAAGGCACAGGAGAGAGUGGAGCCAGGCAAGCUUUUUUUUUUUUUUUUUUUUUUAUAAAGUCAUACGAGGCAAAGCUACUUUAUUGGAAAGAGACACCCAUCUUGGAUUUCAAGGUUUAAACAGGAAAUGACUUAACAAACCUCGCCAGGACGGAGCCUGCGGGCCUGGAACUUGGAUUUGGAGCCUGUUUCAACCUUUGCUUGCCCACUCUGUCCCUCCUCUUCCUCCUUUCGGGCCCUGCCUUUUCCUGGUGUGGGUGAGCCCCAGAGCCACGCUCACCGCCCACAGCAGCGGGGCCGGGCCGGCCUCUCCCGGUCCCACCGGCCUGGCUGGGCCCGCAGUGCCACCGCUUAGCUAGCCUGGCCCGGCUUCUCGCCAUCUCCCGAGGGACGGUGGCCUCGGGCUCUUCCGGAAUGCUAGCCCAUCCCGCCCUGACUGAGCCCUCCUCCUCCCUCCUCCUUCGGCUCAUCUCUCUUGCCUCUCCAGGCUCCUCUCCGUCGGGGAGCAGGGCCGACGGGGAGCAGCUGUGCAAGGGCCAGGGGCCCAACCGGCUAAGGUAUCUGGUUUGCUGAGAAAGCUCUACGGGAUGGCUGGCUGUUGGGGGCGGGGUGGGGGGUUGCAGCUGGGAGCCCAGACGCCGUCGCCGCCGCCGUCGGGGAAGGGGGGCCGGGCCCAAGUCAAGCCUCUUGGGGAAGACAUGCAGGGGACCUGCUUGGAGGAGGCUGGGGACCCUGAAGCAGCAUCCCCUCCCCCCAGGGGUGGUUGGGGUUGGAGGCAGGGUGGGGCUGGGCAGCGGGAAAGGAGUCCAGAGGCUAGGGGUCACCUGGCCAGUCCCCCAGGAGCUGCUUUCGUAUGCCGUCGCCAUCUGGGCACGUGGUGACCAACCCUGGUGAGGGUUUCAGCCACCUCUGGGGAUGGGGGCUGGAGCUGGGGGUGGGGGUGGGGGGCGGACGGGAGGGGGUUCUUUUAUGAACACAUAAUAAAAUGAGCUGACCGGACAAGGACUGCUUGUGGGGACAGGGUAGACGGUACAGGGUGUGUCCAAGAGUGCCUGAGGGAUGGGGGGGGCCCACACUGGCCGUUGGGCCUGUGGCAGGAGGAGGGCCUAAUGGCUCCGGAGGCCAGAGAGCAGCUCUUCUCUCCAGCGUCCGGAGCAAAGCCGCAGUGAGGUUGGAAAGGGCUGGGGGCUGGGCCUCCUGCCAGUCUGCUGCGGACCAAGGGGUGGGGGGGGGGCAGUCGGGGGAGAUUAGCUCUGACUCUUGUCAGAGGAGCCGCCCUCCCAGGAUGGUCCGGGCGGCGGGGAGCGAGGUGGCGAGUGCCCCCGCACCAUGUUGCGCGCCAGCUCCGAGCAGGUAAAAGCAGGUGUGCCAAGGGCGAGCGGAGGACUUCCUGCGGCCCCGGCCGAGGGCGGCCAGGGCGGCAGGGUCACGGGGCAGGGGCCCCUCCCAGGGUCAGGAGAGCUGGCUUUUCCUGGUCUGGAUGGAGCCCGGGCUCCUGGUAGUUCUUGUGCUGGAAACUGGGGUCCAGGCACGGCAGCCAGGCGGGUGUGGGGAACCAAGGAUGCCCCUGAGAGGAUGGAGCCCCGCGGGGUCCCCGAAGGCGGGUGGAGAACGGUACCUGUAAGUCGCUAGGUCGGAGAAAGGAGACUUGCUGAGCGCACCACACCUGGAGGAGGGCCGGGCGAGGAAGGGGCCGGGAGAGCAGGUGGCCUGUAUUUGAAGGCUUGGGGCGGGGCUUACACUGCCCCUCGCCACAGGGUUUGCCCAGGUGGGCUGAUUUAAGAUGCAGGUUAUGUGAUGUGAGCAGGGUAAGGGGCAGUGGGGUGGGGG